GGUGAUCUCGCGAGACUUGGAGGCGUUUGUCUCUCGUUUUUUCGGUGAGUGGACAAGCUGCUUUACGGUGUGAAGUCAGAGAUCAGAACCGAGCCGCGGAUUAAAGUCACAUCAGAGUAAAGACAUGGCCGUGUACUGAAGGACAGGCGGCUGAGAGAGGGAUGGAAGCGAGGCUGAGCUGCGGCUCUCCGCGGGAGGACGGCGAGCUGGAGGACGGGGAGAUCUGCGACGACGAGGCGGAGGAGAAGCAGCAGCCGCAGGGCGCGAGGCCUGGACCCGGACCCCGGAAACCCAAAACCUCCACACCGCGAUCCAAACCCGCCGGCAUGGGACCGGGGAAGGACUUCCGGCCUCCGCCGCCGCUGCCCUUCAGACCCGGACCCAUGCUGUUCCCCGCCUGUCCCUCCGGUCCGGACCGGUUAGAGCCGCCCAGCCCCCGAACCAGCUUCUGGGAGCGCAGUCACGGGGCUCUGGGCCGGCUCCGGUACCGGGGGAGGGCCGGGGAGGGCCGCGGGGACAGAGCGCGAGGGGCCGGAAGGGGCAGAAACAUACACCGGAAAGAUUCCCCCAACUGGAAGCAGAAGCCGGGCGGCCGGGCGGCGGGACGGAAACCUGCGUAUGUCGCCUCCAAACCGGAGAACGGCGUGGACGAGAGCUUUGAGGAUCUGCUGAAGAAGUACAAACAGAUCCAGCUGGAGCUCGAGUGCAUCCGCAACCAGGAGAGGAGAGCGCUGAAACCCAGCGAGGAGGCGGAGGACACGCCCACCGCCGAGACGCCGCAGGCAACGCCGCCGCCACAGGGCCCGGAGACGAACCGCCCGGAGAAGAGGGAGGAGCAGGAGGAGAGGAAGGCGUUCCAGGCGUUUAACCUCCGCCCGCUCAGACAGAAGCUGCUCACGCCUGCGGAGAGAGACGCUCUGAAAACCAAGAGCACGCAGGGGGCGGAGCAAAAAGAGGCGGGGCAUAACGAGGAGAAAAACGAAGACGUGAAAAAGGAGGCGGAGAAAAGUCCCGUCGAGCCGAUGACUCCGAACGACGCUGAGGAAGAGGAGGAAGAGGAAGAAUCGUCGGACCUGAGCAUCUCACUGAGCAAAGAGACCAACAAAACUCGCGGCAAGGAUGAAGAUGACGAGCUCUCGGAGCUGCAGUUGCGUCUCCUCGCUCUGCAGUCGGCCAGCCGGAGGUGGCAGCAGAAGGAGCAGCAGGUGAUGAAGGAGAGCAAAGAGAAACUGAAUCGUGCCAAAACCACGCCCGAACACUACCGGGUCACCACCAGGUCAGCCUCCGCCGGGAGGGGUCGCCCAGGGUCAGGGGUCAAAGGUCAGGAGAAGGGCAAACCCCCGGGUAGACCGGGCACGGAGCGGAGCAAAGCAACACCUAAAGGACAUCCUGCUAAACACACACUGAGCCCAGUGUCGAAGCAGGCGUGGAGGAAGCAGCAGCUGCGGACGUGGAAGCUGCAGCAGGAGGCGGAGAAGCAGAAGAGCGAGGAAGAGGAGGAGAAGAAGAAGAGAGAGGAGGAAAUACGCAAGAUCAGAGACCUGUCCAAUCAGGAGGAGCAGUACAACCGCUUCAUGAAGCUAGUGGGAGGAAAACACCACACACACACCAAGUCCUCAGAUCCUGAACACAGGAAGUUGAUGUUGAAACAGGGAAUCGACUCCGCGGGUAACCUGUACCAGUAUGACAAUUAUGAUGAGGUUGCCAUGGAUACGGACAGUGAGACAAAUUCUCCAGCCGCUUCUCCAGCACACGAGCCGUUCGGCGCCGUCGGUCUGUACGCUGUUCCCGUGUCCGUGUUCUCUUUAGGCUCCGCCUCCCUCCGACAGGACUUGUCUCAGUAUUGUGUGGAUCCAGUGGGUGUGGUUUCACUGGCCCCGCCCCCUCCCCCACCCCCAGUGCCCCCUCCGGAGGAAUCGGAGCGUCCGCCCAAACCUCCGUUCGCCGACGAGGAAGAAGAGGAGGAGAUGAUGCUGAGGGAGGAGCUUCUCAAAUCGCUGGCGAACAAACGCGCCGUGAGAGCAGAGGACACGUCCAGUAACAGUGGCCCUCCCUCUCCCAUCAGACCUGUAGCUCCGCCCACCAUCAGAGCCCCUGCUGCUGCUGCUUCGUCUGUCUCUCUCGGUUUCGGCUCCGCCCACUCUCGCACUGCCAGCAAGUUCGGACGAGGAGCCGCAGCAUCCAGAGCGCCACUGGUGCUGCCGCGACACAAAGCCGUGGUGGUCCGUCUGAACGCGUCUGACGACAGCGACUCUGAGAUCGAGGCCUCGAGCUCGGCGCAAUGUGUGUUCGGUGGUCUGGAGUCGAUGAUUAAGGAGGCGCGGAGAACCGUGGAGGCGGCGAGACCGAGGCCUGUUCCUGUGGCCGAGAAGGAGAACAACCCGCUAAGGACACCGGACACUUUACCUGAGGGAACCGCGACGGAGUACCGCCUCCUGAGGGCGGAGUUAAUCAGUCGGGAGAAUCAGCGAAUCAGGAAAUCCGAUUCUGCCGCUUCCUCUCCUGUGGGAUUUGACUCGGAUGUUGAUGUUCUGGGAAAACCGGUUGAAGUCGGUGACACGGAGGAGAAACUCGCCAAACACCGUGCUCAGCUGCAGAAGGACCAGGCUCUGCUCGAGCAGCUGCUUCAGCAGGAGCUCAGGAAGAAAGAGUCUCUAAAACUGGCGGAGGCUAAAGUGGUGCGACUGAAAGAGCAGCUGCUCGCUGCGGAGAAAGUCGCCAGCGCAAACCGAGUGCUGCUGCGGAAACUGCAGGAACAGGUCCAGCGAGUGCAGCACCGUGUGGCAGUAAAACAGCACCACGCCCUGCGGAUGGAGAGAGAGCUGCUGUCUCAGACAGGAACAGUGAGAGGGAACUACAAACGCAGCAACAACACACAACUCUCAGCGGGGAAACGGCGGCGUGUGGACCUCCCCGACUCGCACUACGCUGAUCUCAUGGCGCAGAAGAAGCGUCUGCAGCAGCUGGAGAGCGAGUACGCGCUGAAGAUCCAGAAGCUGAAGGAAGCGCAGGCUUUGCGUCAGGCCAACGCUCCCAUCAUCCCCUGCGGCGUCACGCAGCCCUCGCUUCACGACCUCACGCAGGACAAGCUCACGCUCGCUAGCGACGACCCCGGCGACGACCCUGACCCAGAGGGGGCGGACACACAGCCCGCUAACGCCACCACCACCACCCGCCGCCGCUCUUUCCGCGAGUCCGGCUCGUUCACGAAACCCAAUCUGAGCCACGCCGAGACUCCGGUCACGCCCACCACUCCGACCACGCCCACUGUGUCCACCAAACAGGCCACGCCCCCCGCAGAGCUGCUCCUGUUCGGCCUGAACGUCGAGGACCUGCGGCUGCGCUAUCAGCAAUGCGAGACGCUACCAGACCUCCUGAGACAGGAACUUCGUGCACAAGGGGGCGCUCUGCUGGAGAUCCGGCCCAGCGACAGGGUCGUUCAGGUGGACUUUGACCCCAUGGCACCUCAGCAGGUACGGAGCGAGCUGAAGCCGGUUCCGUUCGGUCCGUAUCGCAGUCCGCUCUUGGUGUUCAGAUCGUACAGGUUCAGUCCAUAUUUCCGCACUAAAGAGAAGCUCUCUCUGAGCUCCAUCUCCUACAGCCACGCCAUCGAGCCGCGCAAGUGCUUCUGCCGCUUCGACCUGACGGGAACCUGCAACGACGACGACUGCCAGUGGCAGCACAUGAGGAACUGCACUCUGAAUGGAAACCAGUUGUUCCAGGACAUCCUGUCCUACAGCCUUCCUCUGAUUGGCUGCUCAGAGGAGAGCUCCACCAGUGACAUCAUUCGAUCUACAGAGAAGUACAUCAAGAAGCUGUUCGGAGCGAAUAAGGACCGGAUGGGUUCAGACCAGAAAGCGGUGCUGCUCGUCAGUAAAGUCAACGAGAGCUUACGGCACGUGCCGCCAUUUACCACUCACAAACAGAGGAGGAAAUGGAGACCAGAACCACACAGAACAUCUCCCGACCCCAACACCACGGCUGAGAGCGAGGAGGAGAACAUCACCAUACCUUCUGCUGAGGAAGACGGGCGUGUGCCGGAGUGCCGGUCCGUGUCGGACGUGUGUGUCACUCAGGACGAUAAACGGUACUUUGACAGCGAAACAGACGACAUUUCGAAUCUGGAGUACAGCGUGUUAGACAGUCCGAGAGACAGACAGCUGUGGAUCAAACUCGCCUACAGAUACCUCAACCAGAAGGACACCGCUGUGUCGGAGUGUGUGGACGCCGCACUGAACACACUCUCGCGCGCUCUGGAGGAUAACCGCGAGGACGAGGAGCUGUGGUGCCACUACCUCACGCUGUUCUCACGCCGCGGCAGCACGGACGACGUCAGGGAGAUGUGUGACAUGGCUGUGGAGCACGCAGCACACUACACUGUGUGGUGGACUUACCUGAGCAUCGAGAGCUCUUUUGAUGGAAAAGACGCGGUGUGUAAACGGAUGCUGCAGUUCCUGCUGGAUGCUGCAGAGGGCGCUGUGGAGGAGCUCUCAUCAUUUCAUCUGCUGGAGACGCUGCUGUACCGAGCGCAGCUCAGUGUGUUCACCGGCCGAGUGCACAACGCCCAACACAUCCUGCAGGGUGCGCUGAUGUCCGAGGGUGAAAGUGCCGUGUCAGGACGUCUCACUCUGCGUCACCGCUGUCUCGCGUGGCUCUGCUACAUCCACCUGUGUGAAUUCGGGACGCUUCCGGCGCACCUGUACGAUCCGGCUAACUCGAACCCGUCCCGGAUCGCCAGUCUGGAGCAUUUCCUCUUUCCCUGGAGCUCGAGUGAGGACGUACACACACCUCCUGAACGCCUCAUCACGCUGUUCCAGGAUGCGUUAUCGAAGUGUGUGGAAGAGGGCGUGUCUCCAGCUGAACGGACGCUUGCGUGUCUGCCUCUGCACCUCAACCUGCUCCACCUGCACAGAGUUCUGGGAAGGCUGAAGGAAGCGACUGCACUGUGUGAGAGCACGCUGGCCGUCGUCCCUCUCUGCUGCCCCCUGCUGGAGAUCCUCAGCGAGCUGCACGCGGCAGGCGGAGAUGCAGAAGAAGCGGCGAGUGUGUGGCUGCGUGCGCACAGGCUCCGCCCACACGACGCCCGAGUGUUUUACAGUCUGUGUAAAUGUCUACACACACAGGAGAGACACAGUGAGAUUGAUACGCUCUUCAAGCAGUUUGUGUCGUCUCUGUGUGACGGUGUUCAGGAAGAUCUCCAUCCUGCAGUGGUCUUACGGCACUUGCUAGGCGUCCCGUCAGAGGACCUGCAGCACUCUGUCCCCUCGCUCCCUGAGCAGCUCCACGAUCAGCUCCCCUACCUGCACCUCACACACAGUUUCUGGCAGUCGGUGCGAGGCAGUGCGGCUGAAGCGGUGGAGGCUUUCGAGGCGGCUCUGGGAGCCAUCUCAGAUCUGGAAGUGGUGAAGAAACUCUGGCUUGAUUAUCUCCUCUUUACUAGCAGUAAGCUGGCAGGCCGAGAUCUGCGUGUGUUCAGUGAUCUGGUGCAGCGCUGCCUGAACACGAUGCCCACCAGGAUCAACCUGCCGUACGACAGCGCCACCUACUGGAGCUGCUACAGCUUCCACAACCAGGUGAUCUCGUUCUAUCUGAGUUUUCUCCCUCCGUCGCUCCACUCGUCUGCGCUGGAAAGAUUCAGACACUCGAUGCCGAGCAACAUCGAACUCAGCCUCAGGGUUCUGCAGCAGGAGUGGAGCGACGAUAACGUGGAGUACGUGAAGCUGCAGACGCGCCUGAUGACUGCGACGGUUCCCACCUGUCUGUCUGUCUGGAAGAUAGCGGUUGCUGUACAGAAGCAGCAGAAGGGAAGAGCUGAGGUGCAGAAGCUUUACCAGCAAGCUCUUCAGAAACUGCCGCUGUGUGCUGCUCUGUGGAAAGAUUGGCUCCUGUUCGAAGCUGCAGCUGGAGGUAAAACUGACACACUGAACAAACUGGUUGCGAAAUGCCAGGAUGUGGGAGUGAGUCUGAGUGAGCCGCUCAGUGUACACUCUCACACUCAGGACUCGUGAAGUCUGCAGUCACUCCCUCGCUCCCUCGCUCCCUCGCUCCCUCGCUCCCUUCCUCCCUUUUUCCCUUCCUCCCUAUACCCUUAAAAUCCCCCUCACACACCCCUGCUAAACACACACCAUCCUCCCCUUCACACAUCUAUCACACACACUGCAGUAGAUAGAGCGGCGUGCAUGUGUGUGAGUGUGUGAGAGCGUGAGUGUGUGUGUUUGUGUGUGUGUGUGUGUGUGUGUGUGUCGGCAAGCUGAAGAACAUGAACUCCAGCUAAGCAAGUGUGUGUCCUCCAAGUCGUCCUCUACGUAAGUAUGGAGCUGAUCACACAGCUGCUGCUGUUUCAGUGCUUUAUUUUAGUUGUGUGUUCCGUGUGUGUGUUUUAAUCCGAUUUUAUUUUGCUGGUCUGCGGCUCUGAGUUAACGGACUCUCUCUCGCCACAACGACGACGUAGCGAUGUUCACAGUGACAGUAUUUUAAAGAUGGCUUCCUUCAGCUAGACGUUUAUUUUCAGCAUGUAACACGACGGACGAGUGACUCUACAAUCUGUGAGGUUGUUUUAAGGGCUUAGAAAAAAAAACAGGAUUAAAAACGGCUGCCAGACAGAAGUAUUGUGUGAAUCGAGCCUCAUGGGCGUCGGCCGUGUUUAUGGAGACUGCUCCCGAGACUGCUGAACGCUGCCACACGCUGGCCACGAGCCAGCAGCGAUCCACGACUAACUUUAUCUGCAAGUGUUUUUUUUUUUUUUCUUGUAAAAAUAUCUAUUAAUUAAAAGUAUUCAGGAACAUGCAGGAAUGAUUUUUCAACUGUUUUAUUUUGUAAUUGAAAUAUGUUUCAAUUAAAUUAUUUUGUAAAGAUA